UGUGAGGUUUACGUUUCGCGAAAGCGAUUGCUUAUUAGCUAAAGCGCGUAAACUAUUAUCGUUUUAGGGAAAAAUACGAUAAGAACUAUAUCGUUGUUCAUGUUUGAGGAUAGCUAUGCCGUUUGGCAUAUGUACAAAACCUUUAAAAGAUGAUUUGAUAAAGUAUCUUCCAAUACUUGUCGAAACACCAGACAAAUCUUGCAUAGAAGUGACGCUGUCGAAAGACGCCAUAGGGCUAGAGUGUUUGGAGAGUGUGACGAAGGAACUUGGUCUACACGAGGUUGGAUACUUUGGUUUAUGUUACAAGACUAAGAAAGGCAUUGAUUGGUGGAUUGUAUUGGAGAAAUCAAUAAAGAAACAGUUAGAACAGAACACUCUCAGUUCUGUUGGCAGCAUCAGACUUAAGUUGAAGAUUCAUUUCUUUGUGACUGGUUCCUCUUGGUUAAAACUUCAAGGCAAACUGAUAAGGAGCUUUUACUAUUUACAACUCAAAGAUCAAAUUCUUGAAGGGAGUCUGUCAUGUGAAAAAGACUCUGCAGUGUUGCUGGCCUCAUACACUGCACAAGCUGAGCUGGGCGAUUAUGAUGCUGAAACAUUUGUUACCUUUGCAGAAACCCACAACCUCUACCCUUCUAGUGUUGCUGCUUCUCAUGCAAAGGAAAUCCUUGAUCAGCAGGUGAUAAAAUUUUAUAGCCAUCACAGGGGUUUGACACGUGAAGAAGCACAGCUUGAGUACAUUUUGAUUGCUCAACAACUGGAGGGAUAUGGUGAUGAGUAUUACCCUGCAAAGGGUAAUGAUGGUUCUAUCAUUCUAGUUGGUGCAUCAUUUCUUGGCAUUGUAGUUAGACAUCCUCAUGGGUUGCCUCCAGCAUAUUUCAGAUGGCCUGAUAUUGUUCGCAUUACUCACAACAAGAAGUACUUUUGUAUUGAAAGUACCAAAUCAUUUGAUAUCAUCCAAUUUGAAAUGGAUGAUGCACCAACAGCUAAGUAUGUGUGGCGGAUGUUUGUAGCACAUCAUCAGUUUUGCCGUCUGAAUUUAUCCAGGUCCAGCACACGAGCAUCUACAGCAAAGCACCAACCACAUAACAUUAGACUGAGCAAACAUGAAUUCAAGAAGAAAACUGGAGUUGUUGCUAGCAGUGAUGGAAGUGGAUCACUAAGCUCAUUUAGCUCAGUGACAGGCUUAGAUAAUCCUGUUUUCACUGAACGCAGUGGUACAGGCUCUGACACUGAUACAAGAUACAGCGGCAUACAACACAAGGAUAACACUGACUGUGUGUCACGUGACUCCUCAAAUUCAACCAAUCGCAGCACGUUGCCCAGACCUCAUUCUCUAAACUUGUCUUCAGUGAACAGUGGACAUGAGUUUUUACUUCGUGAUGGCUUUUGUACCUCACAAAACUCUCUUGAUCACAAUCGAAGCCUUUAUAGCCAUGGAUUGUUAAACGGCGCAACAGUGACUAAUGAGGUGGGAAGCUCACUGUCUAUGGACUCAGGGAAUCCCCUUGGGACACAGUCACUUGAGAGCUUGAAUGACAGAAGUCACAACACCCCGCCUUCUAACGCUUCGUCGGACCAAGCCUGCUCUCCAAGCGUUCGUGUGUCAAGACCAGCCCGUCCAGUUUCUCUUAGUUUGGAACAGUUAGUGGCAGACAAUGCAAGUGAAGUGACUGGCCGAACCAGUGGAUACAGUACAUCAAAUGACUCAGACCUAGAGGAAGGCAGGGAUAUGGAAUAUGAAUGUGGCAAUGAGUUACCUUUUUCUCGGGAAGCACAGCUCGAGGAAUUAGAAAAAAUCUUCAACGAAGGACAAGUAUUCACAGAAUUUCAAAAGGUCGAACGGAGAAGUGAGAAGCUAACAUCUGCCAGUGCCCAGUGCGGUGGGAAUGCAGAGAAAAACAGAUAUAAAGACGUCAUUCCCUACGAGGAAUCUCGAGUCCGUUUAAAUCCUCGCAACAAUUCAAGUGGCAGCGAUUACAUCAAUGCAGACUAUGUCAAGGAGGACGUGGGGACUAAGACCUACCGUUACAUUGCCGCCCAGGGCCCCAUGGAGAACACAGUGGCUGAUUUCUGGCAGAUGGUGUGGGAGCAGAAUGUUACAAUUAUAGUGGCUGCAACAGACGACAAAGUUAGCAGCAAGACUACGUGCUAUCCUUACUGGCCAGAGGACUUGGAUGGGAGCCGAAAAAAAUUUCAUUGUUUUGAAGUGGAAACAGUUUCUAUCCGGAUUACAUCGUCAUUCAAGGUGCGCAAACUAUCGCUACAUAUGGCUUCUUCAAAGGAAAAGAAAAUGAUUUGUCAUUUGCACUUUACUGAUUGGCCUGAUCAUGGAGUACCACAAGAUCCUAAACAUUUUCUUGAAUUUCUGGAUGAAUUAGAGUCUGCAAGGCAACAGGUCAGCUCAAACCAUGGUCAUGCGCAGGAAGUUCAACCAGUGUUAGUUCAUUGUACGGCCGGUGUUGGGAGAACUGGGGUCAUUAUACUUACCGACCUUAUGAUUGGCUGCUUACAGAGUAAUCAGAGAGUUAACAUUCUUAAGUCACUGAUCCAUCUCCGAAGCCAAAGGAUGCUGUUAGUGGCAAACUUCGGUCAAUAUCGGUUUGUUUACACCGUACUUAUACACUUCCUCAAAAAUAGCAGACUGAUAUAAACUUGGCAAGGUAGAUGAAGAGUCAGUCAGCGGUGGCAUACAGACAGACUUCAGCUGGUGUCAGGAACACCAAAAUACUCACCCUCAACUUCUGGGCCCGUAAACGGCAAUUUUUUU